GCCAGCCUUGAUUUAGUUAGGGUCUGGCACUUGAGUGAGACAGAUGCAAGUGGGUGUCGGUGAAAGAAGUGAAAAUUGAGCAUAAAAUCGUUCCACUAGAUUAUUCUUAAGGGCUAAGAAGUGUUAAGUGAUAAAAAUUAAAUUUUAUAUUUGAGAGUGCAGAUAUUUCGCCAAAUUGUUGUGCCAUAACAAAUGGAUACCACUGGAUUAUCACCAUUAGCCGAUUUGGAUUCUAACUCUGGAGGAUCAGACGGCAUAAGUUUUGGACCCAAUCAAAACUUGUUUAAUACUCAAAACGGUUAUCGAGACACAGGAAAUUCCAUCAAAACUCUAUUUUUUUCUGACAAACUACAAGAGUUCACCGACAAAGAAUAUGAACGUAAAUGUAAUGAAAAUACUUACCCAAUAAAAGUUCAAACUCAGUCUGAGGGUUCUUAUUACUUGAAUAAGACUAUAGGUGCACAAGAAAACAGUUCAAGUUCAUUUCUUAAUAAUUUUCAACCGCAAACCAACAGUGAGGAUGUAGAUAGAAAGUUUCUGAAUUUUAAUCCUGAACAAAUUCAAUGCAUGUGUGAAGCUCUGCAGCAACAAGGUGAUGUCGAAAAGCUUACAUCUUUUUUGUGGAGUAUUCCACAGAAUGAGAUCAUCAGCAACAAUGAAAGUUUGCUCAGAGCCCGAUGUCUCGUGGCUUAUCAUCGAGGAUCAUUUCAUGAGCUCUAUGCGUUAUUAGAAUCUCAUUUUUAUUCCCCCAAACACCACUCGGAUCUGCAAAACUUAUGGUUUAAAGCUCAUUACCGUGAGGCUGAGAAAGUCAGAGGAAGGCCCUUGGGUGCUGUAGAUAAAUAUAGAUUACGAAAAAAGUACCCCUUACCAAAAACUAUUUGGGACGGCGAAGAAACAGUUUACUGCUUCAAAGAAAAAAGUCGCAACGCGUUGAAAGACUGCUACACACGGAAUCGAUACCCAACACCAGAUGAGAAGAAAACCCUAGCCAAAAAAACAGGACUCACACUGACCCAAGUGUCCAACUGGUUUAAGAAUCGAAGACAACGCGACAGGACGCCACAAGCAAGGCCUGAUAUGAUGCUGCCGGUUCUACCAGUUGCUCCAACGCAGGAUUAUCAAAGACUAUUCAACGUUGCUAAUUACGGUGGACACGCGUAUCACACAAAUGACAUGUAUGCGGUCCAGUAAAAAUAGCUGUCAGAUUCAAACGAAUUAUGAAAACCAGUUUGUUAAUACCAGAGAACUUAAAACGUAUAAAUUAUCGUCGUCAGUGUUUAAACCCAUUUAUAGAAAUCAAUUUUAAGUAUGGGUAAAUAAAAACUAAAUACAAAGAAACAUGUGAUAGGUUAGCUUUAAGGCUAAUUACUUAACGACAAACUAUUGUCCUUACAUAAGUUAAUAAAUGUAUUAAAGGGAAA